CAAAGCAAUAAACAUCCGGCUAGAAACCCAGCUAUGCGACGCUGCCAUAGCAACGUAGGUUACCUCGUGUCACCUUUAAAGAAGUUGACUGGUUGACGACGACAUAAAAUGUAAGCUGAAGAUGCCAGAAAAUUUGCAAGGCUUCUUUGCUGAAGCCAAAAAGGGGAGGUUUUCUACCGUCGCCAAUUUAUCGGAGGAAGACAUUGGAAGUGUCUGGGAAAAUGUCUGUAAUUACAUUGAGAAACAAAUGUUACAGCAAAAAGGAGUUCAAAUUCCUAACUUUGGGACAUUCUCCUUCUCUCAAAGACGCCUGGAUAUUGGAAACAAUAAGUUCCUACAGUCUCAGCGACCUGUUUUCAAUAUCUCUGAGAAGUUUGCUCAAACCCUGGGUCUUCAGUUCAACAAAUACAAUGUGCCAGUUGCCUCUUCUAUACAAGUAUUGCAAGGCCAUAUCCCUUCACCACCUCUGAACUUUGCUGCCCUAUCCUUUGAGACACCUUUUGAUCGUGACACAGUUGACAAUUGUGUGAAAGAGAUUGUGAAUUCCAUCUCAAGAGCAGUUGCAGCUCGACGCAAUGUGGAGCUGGUCUUUCAGGGCAUUGGUAGACUGAUCAUCCGUGAUUUGCGUGUUAAAAUGAGAUUCUACAAGGAGUUUAUCAAUCAGAUGGAUGGCAGUGGGAACAUGAUCAGCUCAAUGCAGAAUCGUCCUGGCACAGUUGACUCAGUCAUGUCGAACCAUUCGUUAUCACGCCCAGCUACCAGCAACACUCUUAUUCUGCCAAGAAUUCAGCGCAAUAAUGUUAGAAGUUGCAGCAACCUUCUGGAACCACUAGCAGAACAGGAAGAGACCUUGCCACCCAAUCUCUCUGAAACAGAACCCCUUAUAAACACCACUUCAGAAGAUGCAGUUUUCCAUGAUGCCUCAGUUCACUUCAGCAUUCCAAAGGCGCUUGAGCUGCAGAAUGAACUUGAGGGGCAGACCAGAACAGAUGCUCUCCAUGAGGAUGUCUUUGAAGAUUUUUAUGUAGGAGAUUCCUUGACUCAAACAGGCAUGGAAAAUGUCCUCAAUGAAGGAGUAAUAAAUGUGCAGCCCAUAGAGUUCUCGCCACAAGGGGUGACAGAUAGCGUCCGUGAUGACCACAAAAUGACAUCAGCACCAGGUCGUUCCUCUUCCAGAAUGGCAAUGCCUCUUGCAAAGGCUACAGGUGUUUCUCUCCUUGAUGACCUGGUGCCCUCUGGUGCUACACCCAUAAUCUCUCCAGCAACACAGGGUGAGGCUCAGAUAAUUCCCCCUGAGAUGAGCAUGAGCAAAGGUGACAGUAGAUUUCUCAAGCCACCUACAGCCCCUCGACUGGAGCCAUUUCAUCGCUCACACAGCCUCCAGGAUCUGACAUCUGAUCAUCUGCCUCAGAAGCCCUUGACACCCCCAGGCUCCUCCUGUGGUCAUCCAAAUGCUGGUCAGGAGCUGUGCUAUCUGUGCCACCAGAGAGCACGCAGAAACAUCCCUGUCUACUUCAAGGAGGAACGACAGCGACGUGAUGAGGAGGAGGAACGACUGCUACACCAGUAUCAGGCCAUGAGAGAUGCUGAGGAUCUUUUGAAGGAACAAGAAAGGCAAAUCUCAAGACGCCAUGAUUUACAAAAGAUUUCUGCAUUCAAUGGGGUGGCAGAAUCUGUCAAUGCAAAGAAACGAGCCAAGGAUUACAAUCUUCAGAGAUCCUACAUAUUCCAGCGGCGGCCCUUGACACCUCCAAGGUUUCCCAAACAGGAAGAAUACUUGAAGGAGCUUACCAAGCAGGUGGAGACAAAAGAGUCAGCAGUGGCUAGGAAAAAAGCAGAUGAUGACUUUUUAGAGCGCCUUGAACAAGUUCAGCUGGCUGAAGACUUAGCUGCACAACGCGAGCAGUAUAUUAAAGACAAAGAAGAGCAGAAGGACAUUUACAAACGUGCUCUGAGUGCACAACUGCGGUACAAGCCAGUACCUUUACCCCCUCGUGAACCAGACAUUGAGAUUUUUGGCAAGAACGACAUGAACAAUGAGAAGAUGGCAGAACGCCGUCGCAGAGCUUGUCAGUUGUCCCAGGAACAGCAGAACCUGAUCAGUCAGCGUAAACGGGACGCCCUUCUCCGUCAGUUAGCAGACCAAGAGCAUGACCAAAUGGUGCUGGAGCGCCUCAAAAAGGAGUUGCUUGACGAUCGUGCUUAUAACCACAAGGUGCGCUUUGACAGUCGCCGCCGCUUAGAAGACGACUGGAUGAAGGCUACCGAGAUAAAACGAGCUCGAGACCUGGAAGAUCGACUCAUUGGACUAGAGUCAGGCAUGCUGCUGCACGAACAGUGUGACCAGUACAACCACUGCAAGCAGUGCAAGCGACGACUAAACAAUUGUGGGGAGAGUAAUAUCUGGUCAGAAUCACGCUAUGUCCCAGGUUCUCGCAUUAUGGUUUGAUUUCUCUUGCAGACUGCAUAUGUUGGGCAGUGCAGAUGCUUUGGUAUUGCUGGUGUUUUUGAUUUUAAUCUAGGGGAAGACAUUUUUCAUAGAUGUAUUACAACAGCGGUCAAAACAAUGACUAGAGUCUAAUGUUUUGCAGUAUUAUUUGUAACCAUAAUCAGUGGUGCGUGCGAUUGCUUAUAUAAUUUAUGAAGCACAUUUACCCAUUGAAUUAACCUUCCCAGACAAGCUAAAUCUGUCGCCGACAGGUAAAAUGGCUAAAAUAUUAACUCAUGGGAGUCCAUAACCUGUUAACCCCCAAAUUACUAUUUGGGGACAGGGGCCCUACCGAAGUAGCUUACUUUGUACAAUUUAGAAAUUCUUCGUCAGCAUGCAAGUGAAUGUGCUUUUUCGACUAUGCUUGUUUUACCGAACUGUUAAAAGUUAAGCAUGGAGUGAAUUUGCUUGAUACCAUUUAGCAAAAGUGAACACUUUACUUAAACCAUAUUUGGUAAGAUCAUAUAAAUCAACUGAACCAAGAUAUAAUUGUUUAGUAAAUACCAUUCUCACUGCUCUCAUAUUCUGAAUCUAAGAGACCACAUGAACAAACAGCAUGUGCUCAUAAAAAGUCCUUUGUUUUUUUAUUUUUUUUCCAAAGGUGAAAUAUUUUUGUUGUCUUUUUGCUGGAGAAGCAUCACAUGGGGGAGACUAUCUGAUAUGGCUUCUUGCAUGUUUUUCCAUUAGUUAUUUGCAUGGAAGGGUGGAGGGGUGAUGGUUCAUGUUUUUAGGCUUCACUUUUGUGAUCUUGACUGUCCAGGGAAUGUACAAUGCCGCAUAUCCCAUGAUAUCUUAGUUGGUAAGUUUGCCUCUUAGUGGCUUAUGAUUUGGGGCUUUUGCCUGUUGGGUAAAAUUAAACUGCUGGGUGCCUCUGAAAAGCUAGGGCAGUUAUACCCAUUGGGUCAUUCAGAGAUGACCAUAAAAGCCUAGGUCAGUGAUUGGAUUUAGACACAUUCACAUUCUCCUGAACUUUAACAAUGUAGUGUUAGCUUAAUUUAUUGUGGUCAAAUUUCUGAAACUUAGACGAAACAAUAAGAAUUUACUGUGAUUGAUAAUUGUACUUCAGAACUUAGACCAAAUUUUGUGUAUAGUUACUUUCAAUGCUUAAUUGAUAAGUCAUGGUAUAAAAUUCAUGUCACUAAUCUGCUGAAAAACAUACCUACUGUGAUAAUUUGACUGUUGAUAAGAAGUGAUAUACAUUUAACCUGAUUACUUUGUGCAUUGGCAGCACCAUGAGGUUUAUCCUGGUUUAAAAGUUGUCUGACUGCAAGUGAUUGUAUCUAAUUAAAGUGACUUACACAACUGUUGAAUCUGAUUAUUGACUGUGUGCAGUUGACUUUUUAAUGCAUCUACUUCUAGAUGUGAUCAGAUGAUGGCAAUUGAUCAGGGACUGCUAUCCACUUGAAGUGAUUUUUUUUUCUAGCAUGUGUAGCAAAACCUUGUCUUACAUACAAUUCAUAAGAUCUCCAAUAUCCCUAGCUUGCAUCAUUAGCAUGCAUCUAGUUUUUUUUCUUCCUUUGAAUACAAUUUUUAAAGUUUCCUGACACCUUUCUUUAAUUAGAUAAGAGUAUUUAUGUUUUCAAUUUCUUCCACUGACAGCAGUAUUGAUAUGCUUGUUACUACAUAUCACAUGUGAUGUAUUUUACUAUUUGCCUGUAUUGUAAUGUAUUGGUUCAUUGAUUAUUAUGUCAUCAGUAUUAGUUUCUUAAAAUGGUACAGAAGCUUUCAGUUUUACUUGUAUAUUUCAGCGAAUGUGUGCAAAUUAUGAACACAAUUACACCCACUCUGCUUUUUUUAUAUACAUUGUAGGUCUGCAUUAUCAUUUGUCUAAAUUUUAAAGGAGAUGCUACCACAAUGUUCAUGUUGGAGGAAUUAAUUAUUUUUGCCUGUGUAGUGUUUAUCUUACAAACUUUAAUUUAAAAAAAAAACAAAAAAAACAACAAAACCUUCCUGUCAGACUUUCAUUCAUUUUUGUCAGCUGCCAAGCUAAAAAAAUAAAAAGAAAGGUGCGUUACCCACAUGAACCAUUCUUACCAGCAACAACUUACAAGCAACAGAAAUCUCAGAAUGCAUUUUUUUUAAUGCAAAGUAUUUUUGGCAUCUGUAUUUUUUUCUUUGCAAAGUUUUAUCACAAUCUGUAGAUAUCCAGUGCCAGGGUUUGUCCUCGGUUCAGUGUAUAUACGUGGUCUGACCCCAUCCCUUCUCUACCCAGGCACUCAACCAAAGAUUAAAAAAAAAAAUGCUGAGACGCAUGAGAAGGUGGCAUCCCUGAAUUGUAGCACCAUCACAAAGACUAUGGAAUGCACGCUGCCCCUUGUGGCAAACCAUGGCAGCGUGUAAAGGACAGAGAUGCAACUAUCACUUAAACAAGACAGAAGAGGCUGGCAUCUUUUUUUAAAACACACCACUCUUUGUAAAAGAAUGUAAUUUCUUAAAAAAAAAAAAAAAAAAA